GGGGACGGGAGAGGGGGGGUCACCAGGCAGCAAUCGAGCGCCGCCGGGCUGCGGCGUCACUGCGGGCCUGCGCCGCCCCGCACCGGCACCGGACCACCGGGAGACACCGGCAGAGGGAGCGGCCCCGCGGCACCGGCACCGGGCGGCACCAGGACCGGCCACCGGAGCGGAUCCGGUCCCGGUGCCGCCGCGCAGCCGCCGCCCUUGUCCCGGGCAGCUCUGAGCGGGGACACCGGGCCCGGCCCCGGGAUGGGGCCCGGCGGCCCCGGGAGCGGCUGGCCCCUGGCUGGGACCCUGCUGGUGGCCGUGGCCGCCUCGAUGGUGGCCGGGGGUGAAGACUGCCUGUGGUACGUGGACAGAAAUGGGUCAUGGCACCCUGGCUUCGACUGCGAGUUCUUCACCUUCUGCUGCGGCACAUGCCAUCAGCGGUACUGCUGCCGAGACCCUCUGCGCCUGCUCACCGAGCGCCAGCAGCGCCACUGCCUUGCCUUCAGCCCCAAGACCAUCGCGGGCAUCGCCUCAGCCGUGGUGCUUUUCAUCGCCAUCGUCACCACCAUCGUCUGCUGCUUCAUGUGCUCCUGCUGCUACUUGUACCAGCGCCGGCAGCACUCCCGCACCCCCCUGCAAGGCCCGGAAAUUCCCUUGUCCAGCUACCACUCCGCAGCUCCCCCAGCUCCCUUCCCCAUGGACCCCAAAGUUGGCCCUACACCUCCCCAGCCUGGCUUCACCCCCAUGGCCAUGUACCCCCCACCUGGCCCUGCCGCUCAGUACCCCAUGUACCCCUCCGGCCCCCCUGUCUACAACCCCACAGCACCACCACCCUACGUCCCGGCACAGCCCAGCUACCCUGGAGCAUAAGUCCCCGCGGGGAACCCCACACCCGCCGCCGGCCAGCGGGGCCAGGCUGGGGACCCCAGGGACCCCCCCCUGGUGCUGGGGAGCUGCCUUAGCUGGCGCUGGGCAGGGCUCUUCCCAGCCAUCCUGAGGUGAUCCGGUGCCAGCAGAACAGGGCGGCCCCUUGUGCCGCACACUGGGCCCUUUGUGGGCGCCUGCUCCCCCGGCUCUGGGUGCCAGUGGCCCCAAGCACCCGCGGAGGGGUUCCCGGGGGGGGUCCUCCGAGGGCCGUGCAUCGCUGUCUCCCUGCACACCGACCCCGGAUUCACCCCCGGCUCUUCCCUCUGGGGUUGGCAUUAAACCACGUCUUGUGCCCACA